ACCAGAUAACACAGACUUCAAACUCUUCACAACACACCCCAAAAAACAUGCUUCAAAAGGCCAUGUCUUCAUCUUCCCAAAGUGAGCUCCCUCUUAACGAGAACGACUCACAAGAGAUGGUCCUCUAUGAGCUCCUGAAUGAGGCCAGCGCCCUUACCAGCCCAUUUUCACCCCCCAAAAACCCGAACACAGCUCGUAACAUCCUCGAACCGACUCGUACUCUAGGGAAGAAGCACUACAGGGGCGUCAGACGACGCCCCUGGGGAAAAUUUGCAGCUGAAAUACGUGAUUCUGCACGCCACGGUGCUCGUGUUUGGCUCGGCACGUUUGAAACGGCUGAAGAGGCCGCCCUGGCUUACGACAGGGCGGCUUUUAAAAUGCGCGGUGCCAAGGCCCUCCUUAACUUUCCUGCCGACGUAGUGGCAGCCUCCGCCGCGCAGAGAUUUGAUCUUAAGUUGUGCGCAAAGAGCUUAGGUAAGCAUGAGAGCAACCCCAGUAGUGGUUCAUGCCAGUGAGUGUUGCAUGGUCUGGUUAGAAUUGGAAAGAGGACAGCUAGAGAUUCAAAUGAUUUGGGUCAAAUUACCCAGAAAAUUUUCAAGAUCUUCAGUUCUUAAUGUGUACCAUGGAAUGGAGACACAGUGACCUUUAAUGGUCAUGCAGGUGUGGGUAAUUCUCUUUUCUUUUUUUUCAUUUUUUUUUUUUUAACCUAUGUGUAUUGUUUUCUUCAAUUUUGGUGUUUCUGAUAUGUCCUUAUAGUCAUGUAUAUAUAAGGCAUUCAGUCAGAAAGAUCUAUGUUUUAAGUUAAAAACGUCUAUUCAAUGCACAAUUGUCUUAAUGUUUGCUAAUAA